AUGAUCAUUUGUUUUUUAUUAUUUUUACCAGCUUAUUCAUUAUCUACGGAAAAAACCAAUGAAACUAUUAGUAAAUCGUAUGGAUUUCAAUCAAAUAUUGAUUAUAUAUAUCAUUAUGCAACUGAUGUUCAUAUGGAUCAUAAAAUUUGGGCAGGUUCUGAAGAAAGUCAUAUAAAACGUAAUACUGAUGCAGCAUUUCAUUUAUAUGCUCGCCUUAAUUUAACAAGUGUUUGGCGUAGUGCAAAUGGACAACAACAUUUAUUAAAAAUUGAAUUAAAAGAUGCUCGUUUUGUUAAUCGAACAAAUUCUCAUAGUAUGAUCGAUUGUUUAGCAUUAAGUACUCUAACAAGAUAUCCAGCAAUGUUUAUAUGGGAUCAAGGAGUAGUAUCAUUAACUUAUUUUAAUGAAAAUGAUAAUUUAGCAGCUAUUAAUUUAAAAAAAGGAAUUAUAUCUUUAUUUCAAUAUAAACAAGAUAAUACAACAGAAAUAGAUACAUUAGGAAAAUGUAAUACUGAAUAUAGAAUUUAUGAAGAUCGUCUUGUAAAAGAUAAAACUGAAUGUUCAAAUAUUCAAUAUAAGGAUGAAUAUAGUAGUGCAAAACAAGUUUUAAAUUAUUCAAUUGAUUUUCAAUCAACAUGUGUUUAUAACUUUGAUAACUCAACAAUAAAAACAGCAUCAUGUUCGGAUAUGGCUUUACCAAGAUUAGUUAUUCCUCAAAUAGCUGGAUUUCGUGUCAUAUCACGAUUAAGUGUUCAUCUUAUUGAAAUGAUAAAUAAUGAUAAACAUCAAGUAUAUUCAAGUUCAGAUGCAGCAUUAAAAUCAGUUUUAAGUAUAACAUCUGAACAAUAUCAUUCACUUGAAACAGAAAAACAAAUUCAUCCAUGUGAUGAUUAUUGUGAAAAGUUUGAUGAAUUUAUUCAAGAUCAUAAUAAACAAUUAACACGUUCAAGUGUUGGUAAUCGAGUAGCAAGUGAUGUAUUUUUACAUUUAAUUGCACUUACAAGAAGACAAAGUGAAUCAACAUUAAAUAAAGUACUUGAAAAAGCCUCGAAAACAAUUAAAUUAACACUUAUUGAAGCAUUUGUAUCUGCACAAACACCUGCUUCAUUAAAUGCAGUUUUGAAAUAUUUAGAUAGUUCAAUGAAUUCAAAGAAUAAAGUUGAGUUAAUUGAAGCAUUUCUUAUGACAAGUGCUUUUACACCAAGACCAUCGGAUUUAUUACUUGAAAAAAUUUUGGAACUUUUACCAAAAUUUUCAUCAAUUGAUAAUCAACUUGAACAAAGUACUUAUUUAACAUUAGGAGCUAUUGUUAAUAGAUUAUUUGAUUUAAACAAAAAAUCAUCGGCUAUUGAAAAAUAUACAACACUUCUUCAUAAUACGAAAAAAAAAUCAUUAGUUUAUUUAUCAUUAUAUAAUGCUAAACUUGAAUUAUAUGAAUCAAUUAUUGUUGAUGAAAUUCGUCGUUGUAAUAAUACAAAUUUAUGUUGGUUAGCAUUAAAUGCAUUAACACAAUAUAAUCCUGAACAAUUUUCAAAAGAAACUAUUGAUAUUCUUCGUUCAAUUUAUCAUGAACAAGCCGGAAGACCAAAAACAAAUUUACAAAUUCGACAACUUUGUGGUCAACUUUUACUUCGAACAGAUAUUUCAAUUGGUGAUCUUGUUAAUCUAAUUCUCUCAGCUCUUGAUAAAACAAAUCAUCAAUUAGGUCUUUAUAUGUGGCGUUUAAUUUCUACAAUGGCUGAGAAUGAUGAAUUACUUUUUCGAAAAAUAAAAUAUAUAUUUGAUGGUGGUUUAAUUGAUAUAACAUAUGAUAGUUUAGCUUAUAAAGGUCAAUCAGAUUUUUAUCGUCGACCAUUUUUAAAAACAUUUGGUUUUGGUAUUUAUUAUACAAUAUCACAACUAAUGAGUCGUCUUGGAGCUUUACGUGAAAGUGAUUUUGAUCUUCAUAUACAACAAUAUGAUAAGGACGAUAAAUUUAAUCUAUUAUCUUUUGGUGUAAGUGCUUCAGGACUUGAAGCUUAUGUUAGCGAUGAUGGAAAAGCAAGUGAUACACCAGAUGAAAAUCUUCAAGCUGAAUUAAGAAUAACUCUUUUAAAUAUGCAAUUACGACCUGUUAUAUUAUUUAGUGGAGUUACUGGAUUUAUGUCUGCUGUUUGGAGUGCACCAUCAGAACUUACAUCAGCAUUUAAAAGCAAUAUAAUGGUCCAUGAUUUAUCUCGUUAUAUUCAUCUUCAUAAUGGUCUUGUUGUUCAUUACGAAGCUCAAAGUGCAGCUUCACUUGAUUUAUCUGGUAUGGCAUCUAUAAGUUUAUGGAAUAAAAAUUCACAUUCAGUUAUUCGAGUCAGUUCGGGUCUUAGUGUACGUAGUCAUGUUGAUAUUUUAAAUGAUUUUGUUAUAACGGGUAUUAAUGUAACAAUAAGUACAGAUGUUGUUGUUGAUUAUACAACUGAUGUCGAUUAUUCUGAUACACCAAUUAAUGUUUGUAUGCAAAUGAGUAUAAAACCAUCGAAAGUUUAUGAUAAUGUGGAAAAUUUUUAUUUAUUAAAACGAACAAAAGCUUUUCGAUGGUUUGGUAAUCGUACACGUCAUUAUCUUGGUCAAGAUUAUACAUUUACACAAAAGAAUGAUGCCAUGUGUCGACAAAUUCAUAUGAUUUAA